AACACACUGCCGGGGAGAGAAGAGCUACAAAACUCCGAGCCGAACACAUCGCGGUCUGACGUAUACCUGCCGCUGCUGGUAUAAAUGAAUUCACGUCGUCACCAGGCGCAUAUGAUUCGCAGGACCAGUAAGCGCCCCGGCCGAGAACACACACAUGCACUCACGCGGACACACACACAGCAAUCUGCGUCAUGCGUCCCGGGAACAAGGGAACAGGCACGGGAACUCCGAUGGACCCCGGUAGUACCCACACCGGCACCAGCACUAGGGACUGACCGAGCAUCGAAUUUCCCCUUUUGGUUCCCCCGUCCUGUCCUACCAGGCGCACGGUGUGUGUCUCGGUACCAGACGAACUAUGGAUUUUAUCAACAAUGGCAGUGAUAAUAGCAAUACAACAGCCGCAUUCCCCGACGUCAGAGAUGCCAUUCAAGAGUGGGGUGACAAUGAGAACGCAACGGGGUCGGGAAGUGUUCCCGAGCUGGAGCUGAGUUACCAGGUGGUCACAUCUUUGCUGCUCGGUGCGCUCAUCCUCUGUUCCAUAUUCGGCAACGCGUGCGUCGUCGCAGCAAUCGCGCUGGAGAGGUCACUCCAGAAUGUGGCCAACUACCUGAUCGGCUCGCUAGCCGUCACGGACCUCAUGGUAUCGGUUCUGGUACUACCUAUGGCGGCCCUCUACCAAGUCCUGAACAAAUGGACCCUAGGACAGGAGAUAUGUGAUAUAUUCAUCUCUCUAGAUGUUUUGUGCUGCACCUCGUCCAUUUUGCAUCUGUGCGCAAUAGCACUGGACAGGUACUGGGCUAUCACGGAUCCAAUAGACUAUGUUAACAAACGGACACCCAAGCGAGCCGUGCUGCUGAUCAGCUUGACUUGGCUGAUUGGGUUUUCGAUCUCUAUCCCACCCAUGCUAGGGUGGAGAAAAGCCGAGGACAGGGCGAACCAGGAUGCCUGCACCAUCAGCAAGGACCCGGGCUACACUAUCUACUCCACGUUCGGGGCUUUUUACAUCCCGCUCAUCCUCAUGCUAGUCCUUUACGGGCGGAUAUUCAAGGCAGCCAGGUUCCAAGUUUGGAAAACUGUCAAGAAAACGGAAAAGGCGAAAGUGUCAGACAAGUGCUUGGCUGUGUCACCGGCUAUUUUCCAUAAGAAGAUCAACGGAGAGACGGGAGGGAAGAACUGGAAACGCAGUGUGGAACCUACAUUGAACUCCCCGUGCAUAAACGGCGCGGUGAAGCACGGGGUGGACGCCGAGUCGUUGGAGAUCAUCGAAGUUACUUACAGUUCUAAGAAUCAUCUUCCUCUGCCAAACACUCCACAGUCCACACGUGAUUUCGAGAACCGGAAUGAAAAGAACGCAGAAGCUAAGAGAAAAAUAGCUCUGGCCAGGGAGCGGAAAACUGUAAAGACGCUCGGUAUAAUAAUGGGGACUUUUAUUUUCUGCUGGCUGCCGUUUUUCAUCGUUGCGCUGGUCUUGCCUUUCUGUUCAGAGAGCUGUUACAUGCCAGGGUGGCUGGGCGACGUCAUCAACUGGCUGGGCUAUUCGAACUCUCUCCUAAACCCUAUCAUUUAUGCCUACUUUAACAAAGACUUCCAAAGUGCUUUCAAAAAGAUCAUAAGAUGCAAAUUCCACAGACCGUGAGCCAGCCGUUCAUUCGUAAAGUGUUAAGGUUGACUUCAUUUCAGUGGAGUUUAUGAAACGAAAAGAAGCAACAUGUUAUAUUCAGGGACUGUCUCAACGCUACGGUGUGAAUUAGAAACAAAUUAGCCUGUUCAUAUACAUUGAAACGUGGAGAGAGAUAAGCAGUAUAUUUGUAUAUGCGCUUUAGGCUGCACCCGUGUAGAAUAUUCAAUGUUGUAGAUAUCUACGAAGCAUCAUUGUAUUUCCAUGCAAGACGAGUCAUUCAAAUACAAUGUAAUGAAUUCAUGCAUUCCAUCCAAGAGACUCGAGCGACGACGAGCGCGCUAGGGUUUCCGUUCUACAUCAUACGAGCUUUGUAGCCCUGAAACAAUAAAAAUCAAAAUUCUGCAAA